AGUUGUUCAGUAAUUGGUGGAAAUGAAAUAAAAUCAAAUUUGUAACCUUAGAAUGAGGCGAACAAGAAAAUAUCAAGUAAAAUAUCAUUGCUGAUGACAUCGACUCUUGUCCAUUAUGUUGUGUUAAAUUUGUACAUUGUGCUUAUUACAGUUUCAAUAUCAGAAGCCAUGAAACGACUGUAAUGUCUCGGAGAAAAUGGUUGCUAAGGGAUACAAUUAGUGCGGAAUAAGAUAAAUGUGAAGAUUUUACAGAAAUUGAAAGAGCUAAAAUCAUUCUGAAGUUUACGGUUGUCGUUAAUGGUGAUGAAAGAAUGGAUUGGACUCUUUCACGAUGAUUCUGUUUUUAGUAUUGAUGGUCAUGUUACGUUUCCAGACCUAUUCAUCACUGCCACAAUUAGGAAAGAAAGUCGCAAAUCUGACAGAGGGACCAGUCAAAAGAUGUCGUCAUGAGUAUUCGUUUAGAGAGUAUACAUCCGGUAUAUUUAUGUCGCCACAAUUUCCCGAAAAAUACGGUAACGAGUUGAAAUGUGUUUAUUUCUUCCGAGCUGAUGACCGAGGAAGAAUAAAGAUAACCUUUGACCUCUUCAAGCUAGAAGGACCAAAUUCAGACAAGGGUUGUCAGUUUGAUUACAUCGACAUCUAUAACAUAGAUCUCUCUGGAUUCAAAGUACUUAUGGAUAGAUACUGUGGUGAAAGUGUUCCGAAAGAAUUCAUAUCUCAACAAUCGAAAUUGGAAAUCGUAUUCAAUACAGACUUCACCAAGACACUACAUGGAUUUAUUGGACAUUAUGAAUUCCUAGACGAAAAUUGGCACCAAUUUGGAAUGUCGACUAUUGGAUGUGGACCGGGCUUUCAUACUGGUAUGACUGGUAUCAUCUCCUCUCCUAAUUAUCCAGAUAAUCCAGUCAUAACUACGGAACCUGGAUCUCGUUGUACUUGGAUCAUUAAAGUACAGGACAACGAAAAUAUUCUUGUCACCAUGGUGGAUUUAGAUUUAUCUAGCUGUUCACAUACACGUCUAUUGUUUUUCAAUGGUUUUACUGUACCUUUAUAUCCUGAUGAGAACUACUGUGGUAAAUCACGAUACGUACAGGAGGAUUUAGAAUUUAUUUCCGGCAGUUCUCGGCUAGUGAUAAGAUACGAGGCUAAUCCUCAAGUAGAUGCCUCUAAAUUCAAAUUGGUUUGGACAGCAGUCACUAAAGUGGAACUAGGAAAAUGUCACCAGUUUUUAUGUCAUGAGACAAAACACUGUUUGGAAAAUAAAAACAAUGGCUGUAAAACACCAACAUAUCAAUACUGUAUAAACCAUUCAUUGUUGUGUAAUGGUCUACCUAACUGUGGAGUAACUGACAACAGUGAUGAAGCAAGAUGUUUAAACAGAUUGGUAUUCAUUGUAAUAUAUGUUGCUGUACCCGUCUCGGCUAUUCUGUUAAUACUCGUAAUAGCAUUAUUAUGUUUCCGAUAUCGAAAACGUAAACAGAAUGUAAUAAAAAUGGAGUCUCAGAAGCCACCACAGACACAUUGGGUAUCACCACACAUCAGAACGUCAGAUCCGGGUUCCAUUGCUGCGCAGUCAGCAACUUUGUUAACAACGAGUUUUGUUUCGGAUGAUAAAAAUACGACUGAUUUUAUCGAUAUGACAAUAGAUCGACGGAAAAAAAUUCAGAAUCGAACAAUCGAAAAUAUUAAAAGUAGUGAAAUGUUUAAUAAAAGAAAAGAAAGAGAUAAAAAUGUUCAUUAUGAAGGAGUUGAUGUUGGUUCAAACAAUGAAGAUGAAAUUCAUGACAUAGUCACACAUAAUAUUCAUUUAGAACCUCAGAUGCCAAAUCAAGGAUUACGAACUCAUAAAAAACGAUCAUCGUAUCAUAUGAUGCAAGAGCUAAAUUUAGAACAUGGACCUGAUACUCAACUUAACGUUUAGAGUUUUCAUAGGGGUAUGUUUGGAAUGUCGGGUAUGGAGAGUAAAAUGUAGGGAUGUGGGAUAUAGGGUGUACAAAAGUGGGGAUGAAGGAUAUAGAGGAUAACAACUGCGAUUUUAAGAUCUAGGGCUAACCAAAUGAGAUUUGGGAUAAAGAAGAAAAGAACUGGGAAGAGUUGAAACCAUUAUAAAAAAAAGCGGGAUCUGAACAAUGAGCACCCUACGUGCCAACCCUGUGCCAUUCCACAGUUUCAAUCAUUCAAAUUGACUAACUGCUAUAGAAUACAUAAGAUUUUUUUAUAUUUUAGUCAAAUGUUGAGUGAUUUUUUUGUAAUCCUAAUUUUCUUUCAAGUAAAACUAAUUCGUAAACAAUCAAGUCAUACAUUUUUAUAUACAAAUGUGCAAAAGAAUCAAACUUAUGCAAUCAUGGUUUUAAAUAUAUUUCACGUAAGUCGACUUAAAUCCAUAUAAAGUAUAUUUUUAUAUGCUGAAUAUGUUCACAUAGAUAGUACUGCGAUAACACUUGAAUUUUACAUGUAAGUAUUAAUAAUUGUACAUUAUGUAUUUGUUUAAUAAAUAGAUGAAAUUCAUGACAUAGUGACACAUAAUAUUCAUUUAGAGCCUCAGAUGACGAACUCAUGAAAAACGAUCAUCGUAUUAUAUGAUGCAAGAGCUAAAUUUAGAACAUAGACCUGAAACUCAACUUAACGUUUAGAGUUUUCAUAGGGGUAUGUUUGGGAUGUCGAGUAUGGAGAGUAAAAAGUAGGGAUGUGGGAUACAGGGUGUACAAAAGUGUGGAUGAAGAAUAUAGAGGAUAUCAUAUGAUGCAAGAGCUAAAUUUAGAACAUGGAUCUUAUAUUCAACUCAACGUUUAGUCUUUUCAUAGGGAUAGGCACGCGUUUGGGAUGUCGGGUAUGGAGAGUUAAAAGAGGGGUGUGGAAUAUAGGGUAUACCAGAGUUGGAAUGAAUAUAGGGUGAAUUAUGAAUCUAGGGCUAAACGAAUGAGAUCUUGGGAAAGAAGGAGAAAAAUGUAAAAGAGAAACAAACCAGUGUAAUAAAAGCGGUUU